AUGUCAGUUGCUUGGGAUCGAUUUGUUCGCUAUAUCCCAAAGGGUGAUGGCGAAACCGUCCGCUACGGCGAACCCAUUGUCGCCGAAGCCGAUGUCGACCUCGUUGCGAAAUUGGCGGACGAGGGGAAACUCCAAGUGAAGGUGUUAGAAGGGGAUCACCCUCUGAAUGCGAAACCCACUGGCGCGGUGGACAGUGUCAAAAAGCUGUUGGGUCCGUUAGAAUCUGCCCAUGUGCCUUACAUUCGUUGCAUUGGACUGAAUUACAAAACUCAUAUUCUUGAAACCGGACGUCCGCUUCCCACUUGUCCAACUGUCUUCACCAAACCGGGCCCAGCGGUGGCGGAUCAUGGGGAGAAGAUACCGAUUCCGCUGAUCGCCCAAUCGCAAUGUGACUAUGAGGGCGAGCUCGUGGUUGUCAUCGGCAAAGAUGCAAAGGAUGUGCCAGAAGAGAACGCGCUGGACUAUGUGGCCGCAUAUACGGCCGGCAACGACGUCUCGGCGCGCGACUGGCAAAGAGAGCCGGGCAAAGCAGGGCCGGUGCCGCAAUGGACGUUCAGCAAGUCCUUUGACAAAUAUGCGCCCUUGGGCCCAUGUCUGGUGUCCUCGCGUAUACUAGGGGCAGCGGACCAGCAACCAUUGAAGACAUGGGUCAAUGGUGAGCUGCGGCAGGAGAGCAACACCUCUGAUCUCUGUUUUGGGGUUCGACAACUUGUCGCAUUCUGUAGUCAGGGCCAGACGCUACAGCGCGGGUCCCUCAUCAUGACCGGCACCCCGGGUGGCGUUGGGCUGUUUAUGAAACCUCCUGCUUUCCUCCGGGACGGCGACGAGGUAGCGGUGGAGAUUGGUGGCAUUGGACGUCUGACAAACCGCAUGGUAUUUUCAACGUGA